ACAUGUCUGGCAUGAGGAAGUGAACCUGUUUGUGUUCAUGUUUAUUUUGGAUGUUCCACUUCUCUUGGCAGAUUGUUGGGUUAUUAGUUAAUUCGAGUUCUGUGAUUUUGUAUGAGGUGAUGUUUAAUGAAAAUAGUCGUAUUUAUUUGUGAAUUAUGUGCUUUUUUUAGUAGGAAUAGUUCAUGGUGCUAGCAACAAGUGGAACGAUACAUAACAGCAGUGGAGUUUAGCUGGACUGGGAUUGAAACACAUCCAGUGUGAAAGAGAGAUUUUAGACAAAAUAUGGACAUUAAGUGGAAUUUAAUGGGCAUGACUGACAAUCUCUGGUUGGUAGACUAAUCGUUUUGCAGAGUAAAUGCUGAUUUUGAAAAGUAUUUGUUGUGUAGUUGAGUAAAGCAUGUAAUAAUAGGGGGCCAGGUGUGUUUGUGUCAGCUUGAUCAUUAGGACACCUCCUGCAAAUGAUGUAGUUUUAUAAAGUAUUAGAAAAAAAUAUAUAUAUACACUAACAUGUUAUCCUGCUGACUCUUAAGAUCUCUAUAAUUAACAACACAAAGUAUAUCAAUACCUCAGGACAUGUGCAUGCUGACUGAUAAUCAGCUCAGAAAAGAUGCUCUUCUUCUUCUUCCCCUGCCUGUCAGAUUAAUUUGUGCAUGAUCUAAAAGUGCUUUAUCUCAUUCGCCGGUGAUUAGUGGAAGAUUAGAAAAUGGCAAAUAUGCUCGGAUUAAAAAUGAGCCUCAGUUCCUUGAGGAGGAAACAACCCAAGACCUUCAGGGUCAGGAUCGUGACGAUGGAUGCAGACCUGGAGUUCAGCUGUGAGGUGAAGUGGAAAGGGAAAGACCUGUUUGAACUGGUAUGCAGGACACUGGGACUCCGGGAGACGUGGUUCUUCGGCCUGCGGUACAAUGUCAAAGACACCGUGGCAUGGCUGAAGUUGGAUAAGAAGGUUUUAGACCAAGACGUUCCUAAAGAGGAGCCCAUCGUGUUGAACUUCCUGGCAAAGUUUUACCCUGAAAACGCAGAGGAGGAGCUCGUCCAGGACAUCACACAGCACCUCUUCUUCCUGCAGGUGAAGAUGAUGAUUCUGGAAGAGGAGGUGUAUUGUCCCCCUGAAGCCUCAGUGCUGCUCGCCUCAUAUGCCGUCCAAGCAAAGUACGGAGAUUACGACCCCAAUGUCCACAAACCAGGCUUCCUGGCCCAAGAAGAGCUUCUCCCAAAGAGGGUGAUUAAUCUCUACCAGAUGACUGCUGAAAUGUGGGAGGAGAGAAUCACACUCUGCUACGCUGAGCACCGAGGCAGGACCAGAGACGAAGCCGAGAUGGAAUAUUUGAAAAUAGCGCAGGAUUUGGAGAUGUACGGGAUCAACUACUUUUUUAUUCGGAAUAAAAAGGGAACAGAUCUGCUGCUCGGCGUCGACGCUUUGGGGCUGCACAUUUACGAACCGGAGAACAGACUGACGCCUAAAAUCUCCUUCCCUUGGAACGAAAUCCGCAACAUCUCUUACAGUGACAAAGAGUUCGCUAUUAAGCCCCUGGAUAAGAAAGCGGACGUGUUCAAAUUCAACUCCUCCAGACUGCGGGUGAAUAAGUUGAUUCUGCAGCUGUGUAUCGGGAACCACGACCUGUUCAUGAGGAGACGCCGAGUGGAUUCACUGGAGGUGCAGCAGAUGAAGUCUCAGGCCCGAGAGGAGAAAGCUCGCAAACAGAUGGAGAGACAGAGGCUGGAGAGAGAGAAGCACCUGCGUGAGGAAGCCGAGAGAGCGAGGGAUGAGUUGGAGCGACGACUUUUACAUCUACAGGAUGAAGCUCUGAUGGCCAAUGAAGCUCUGCUGCGUUCCGAGGAGACGGCUGAUCUGUUAGCGGAGAAGGCUCAGAUCGCUGAGGAAGAGGCCAAACUGCUGGCUCAGAAGGCAGCCGAGGCCGAGCAGGAGAUCCAGCGCAUUAAAAUGACGGCGAUCCGCAGUGAGGAGGAGAAGAGGCUGAUCGAGCAGAAGAUGCUGGAGGCUGAGAUGCUUGCCCUCAAAAUGGCCGAAGAAUCCGAGAGGAGAGCCAAGGAAGCCGAUCAACUGAAGCAGGACCUGCAGGAGGCCAGAGAGUCUGAGCGCAGAGCCAAACAUAAGCUGCUGGAGAUCACUAGCAAAUCGCCUUACUCGGCCUCGGCUCUCUCUCCGAAUGCUCUCCUUCCUGACCUCAGCUUCAGCACGGAGAAUCUGAGCUUUGACUUCAAAGACACCGAUAUGAAACGCCUGUCUAUGGAGAUCGAGAAGGAAAAGGUGGAGUACAUGGAGAAGAGCAAACACCUCCAGGAGCAGCUGAACGAGCUGAAGACGGAGAUCGAGUCCUUGAAGAUGAAGGAGCGAGAGACUCAUCUGGACAUCCUGCAUAACGAGAACACGGAGAGAGGCACCAGCAAGCAGAGCAACUUCAAAAAGCUCACACUACAGAGUGCCAAGGCAAGAGUGGCCUUCUUUGAGGAACUAUAGCUGACCAAACUGUCCGUGGCUUAAGUAUUAACCUGUGUUGUUUUUUUUUCCCCUCCCUUUGUGUAUUAAAGAUGUUUUCCUUUUGCAAGUUUGUGUUGCAACAAGUGUUAAACGUUUUUUUUUCCCCUGUGGAUUUGAAAUCACCUAUUUUUAACUCUACGAGAGAGAGAAUAGAGUUGUCUCACUCUUACAUUAAGUCUUAAACACUAGUGUGAGUGAUUCUUGCCUCAUACACACACUUCAAACACACCUUUAAUCUCCAUUCCAACAUUUUUAACCAGUAAGCAGGAAAAGAGAGAGAGAGAGACGCUGCUUUUACACAACCCUCUCUGAAGAACGUCCUUUUCCUUCAUGAAAUAACUGGGGAAAACAAAGUUCUACUUUCUCUUCAAACAUCAUCUCAGAUGUGUCAUGCUGCAUUUUAUGUUGUUUUUUCUUCUUCUUUUGGGAUUUUAUUAAACCUGUGUAAAAGCUUUGGCUUUCCAUUGCUGCUGAAACUCAACUCGAGCGUAGCCACGUUCUACUUUUUAUCAAAAGCGGAUUUUUUUUUUUCCCCGUAGCAUGAGAGAGAUGUUUCGUGGGGGGGAACCCAUACGGCACUUUUUCUGUGCGUUUUCGAGUGCUGUGGUUCCACAACACUCUGUAAUGAAGGGUCAGUUUGUUCCAGACACAUUUCUUUGAAGGCGACCUGCGUCGAGGCUUCACAAUCCAUCAAUAUCCAUUACCUAAAUCUUUUAUAAUGCAGUAAUGUAAGAGCUCUGAAAAGAAUUUUGUCUGUUAGUUUGUUUGAACUUGUGAAUAUACUUACUUAGGAAGCUUUGCAAUGCCUUCUGUAAAGUAUCCACACCAUUUCUAUUUAUUUAGCUGAUGUGCUUCGUAAGGCUCCGGUCACUACAGCUCGCAAUGGGUUAUCGGUGAAAAUGAGACAUUUUGGUGGCGAUGCCUCCUUCCCUAAGCUUCGGGACGUGUUCCUAAACCCAUCUGCGAAAAUUCGCUGCUUGGUUUGCUGAUGAAAACAAACAUCGCUACCAAAUUUCAAUGCAUGCUCUGAAAAUUUUCGUGAAGUUUUUGACCACUCGGGAGGUAGAGACGCACCAAAAAAAACCCAACUCGGAGAACAUUCACUGUGCAUCGCACAACUGGAGGUGACGUUACUAAUUUUUCAUCACCAAACAUUCGCAAAUUAAACCCAUCACGAGCUGUAGUGUGACCGUAACCUAACAGCGAUAUAAAUGCGAAACUGAUUGUAGCUAUUUUUAAGAACAAAAGUAAUUAGUUUAUUUGACGUAUGGGGUUCUUGAAGUAGAAUAGGAUAUAGUAAUCAAAUACACUAUGUACCGAGAGGCUCCAGUUGAAAUUAUGGAUUAUCUGAGGUGACUACGCCCCAAAGAAAGUAGUACUACGCUUGUCACCGUAGAGAAUCCAUAAUGACCCGAACCCAUAACUACAUCAUUGCUUCUUUACCGCAAUGCAUUACGGGCAAUACCCAGGGUCAGCUCUGCCGUAUUGUUUCCUUUCACUUUUGUUAAACACUGCAUUGUAAUGUCUAACCGGUUUUAACCGUACCUGAAGUGAAUUGCUGUGCCUUAAUGUGUCUCCCCAACAAAGAGAACACCUAAUUUGAGCUUUUAUCAGUUGCCAGUCGAGGAGAAGAGAAGAAAGAAAUGGAGAAGUUUAAUCCGCAGCAAAAAACCUUCGAACUGAAUCGAAACUAGAUAGAGACUGUGACUAAAGUCACAGUAAUUUGCGCUAGCUCUUAUAAACCGGGACGUCUGCUCACAGUACCCUAUAGAUCUGGAACGGUAAGAGAUGGAGAAUGACGCUUAGUGGAGAAGGAAAAGUUGUGCCCUGCCGCCCUGAACAACAAAAAAAAAAACGAUUGUCAAUUUUUCAUGGUUUUUUUCAGUUAUAAGUGAUUUGAAAAAAAAAAUCCUGUUUUUCAUGGAUCAGUGAUCCAGAUCAGCACCAAAAGUCAUAGCAUUGUAAUUCAGUCCAGAGGUAUUCUUCAUGUGAAAUUUGGUGAUUGGUUGAAAACUGAGGGAGAAAUAUCAUCCUAAAAAUGUUUACUAUAAUAAUAAGAAAUUAGAAAGAUCCUGAGUGAGAGUAACAAUUUGUGCCAGUGCUGCUAGCACAAAUUAAUAAAUCACUUAAAAACAAUUAUGAUUGGUGGAUUCUUCAUACAAGAAUCGUCAAGCUUUAUAAAUUCACUUUAGCUAGAGACAAGCUAACCGAUACAGGGUUUUCCCCAGGAAGAAAAAAAUAUAUAUCAGAGCAGUGCUACUGAUGUGGAGCCUGGCCUGGAAGGCCCCGAAUGCUGCUGGGGGUCUGGGGGCAUUUUGAAAUCUCAUCUCAUUAUCUCUAGCCGCUUUAUCCUGUUCUACAGGGUCGCAGGCAAGCUGGAGCCUAUCCCAGCUGACUACGGGCGAAA